AUGAACUCUAGUCGUGCAGAUCACAGGAUUUUACGAUGCACCGCGGAGCAGCUGAUCUUGAUCACCGCUUGGGUCUUUCUAAGCAUAUCCUCUUCUACUCGCUCGGAAGUUACCGAAUUGCCCCUUCCUCAUCACUCGCUCGGAUGUGAAAUAUCAUCCCCCCGCGAUCCCCUGUUUCACUUAAGCUACAACGUAACCUUUCCUCUCCCUCUCUCUCUCUCUCUCUCUCUCUCUCAACAUCACCGGAAAAGAGUACAGACAAGAACUCUCACCCACCGGAGAGAGAGAGAGAGAGAAACCAUGGAAGAAGUGGAAUCGCCCGCUUCGUCGAGGCGCAACAAGGAAGCGGAUCCAAUGAUCGAAGAAGGAUCGUCUCCGGCCCACGACACCUCCCUCUGCUGCAACCACUGCUUCGGCUUCCGCCGCCCGGGCCGCGCCCGCCCGUCCUCCUCGUCCAGCUUCUGGGAGCGGAUCGGGUCGUCGCACUUCGACCGCCGGUGGUGGGCCCCGGGGCUCAGGGUCCUGAAGAAGCUCCGGGAGUGGUCGGAGAUCGUCGCGGGCCCGAGGUGGAAGACCUUCAUCCGGCGGUUCAGCCGGAGCCGGGCCAUCGGCGCAGCUGGAGGGGCGCACAACCCAAACAGGCACGGCAAGUUCAACUACGAUCCCAUGAGUUACGCCCUCAACUUCGACGAGGGGCCGGGGCACGACCCUCACCUCGACGACGAAGACCACUUCCGCCGGUACCGGAACUUCUCCUUCGUCCGGCACGCGUGGGCUCCCGGCGGCGGGGACUUGGCGGCGGAGGACGUGGCCGGUAAGGGUAAGGAUGCGAUGGUGACCGCGGUUGCAUGACAGGGCCCCAACUUCCCAUGACUCGCUCGUCGUGGGGAGUUGGACUCGAUGACGUCACUUGGCGGCUUGAUAUUUAAUACCUCGGUGGAUCGUAAAAGCGUCGUCGUUUUGAGUGGGUUUGUGUUGUCGUUUUUGGUUGCAACCAUACGGAUGGCUUGUAAAAGGUAGAUUGCACGUAGGAAGUGAAGCUGCGUCAUCCAUGCGCGGAUUGGAAACAAUUCCGUGCACGUAUUACUUAAAUUGUUCCUUC